AGUGUGACUGCCAACCACCCCGCACCCUGGCUUUGCACCAGCCUCGCACCAUCUUAAGACCUGACUCUCGCCUGCCACGGAAGAUGUCCUUUGGGAAGGAAUGCAUCUUACAACAGUGCCCCAUAUAGGUCAGAAUCUACCAGAAAUCGAUAGUUAACUGCCUAAUUAAGUAAAAAUGUGUGAAUUGGCUUUAACACUGCGUAGCGGCUGUCUCCGGGGCCCUGCACUCUCUCCUGACACGAUGCGGGAUGGUGAAAUUUACUUCACGCGCACUGGCAAGCAGGGAGGAGGUGGCGGUGCUGGUGUACCGCGCCUUUAGACAGUAACGACUCUGUCAACAUGACAUCUUGGUGCGAAAGACUCCUACCUCCAAUAUAAAGGCAGGGACUCGCCACUCACUUCCCUCACACCCUUCACCUCACCACAACCUACACCAGCUCUACCACAGCAUCUCCCGGUGAGGUAGAUUCUUUGCCAACUUAGCCAUCAGUGUGGUGUGUGCCGCGAAAGAGUAACGUUUAAAUUCCUGCUCCCGCGUCUCCCGAGCAGGAUGAUGAAGAUGCUGUACGCCCUACUGGUGGCGGCGGCGGUGGCAGCAGGUGUAGUCUUGGCCUCCGAGCUCUCGCACAGGGAUGAGAGAAUUCUUUUUGCGUCCAAUCCCUUGGUGUGUGAUGGAGACGCGGAACGUCAAGGGGCGUGUCUCCCCUACUUCAGAUGUGACAGCUACGGGGGCGUGGUGGAGGGAACCUGCAGGGUGGUGGGCCAGUGCUGUGUGGUGGAAAGGUCGUGUGGGCAGACGUCCGAGGCGAGAAUCACCUAUUUCACCAGCAAACAAUACAUGAUCUCCGACACGACCUGCAGCGUCACCAUCUCUCCCUCCAGCAGUAUUGCCGCCAGUGACAUCUGUCAGCUACACGUGACUCUUGAGAAGAUGACGCUAACUGAGCCCAACCCAGACGGGAAGUGUGACGAGCAGUACCUGGAGGUUAGGGGAGGCAAGGAGAAUUCCUUCAAGGUCUGCGGCAUCGGGAACAACCAGACCUUGGUAGUAGACGUGGAGGGGAUGGAGGGUCCCUUCAAGGUGUCAGUGACGACUUUGAAAGAAAACCUAAACAGUGAUUGGCAAGUGAAGGUGGUACAGGUGCCAUGUAACUCCGAUGAUUUAGCGCCCAACGGCUGCCAUCAUUACGUUACGGGUAUCACAGGGGAAGUAAAGUCCUUCAACUACGACACAAAGGAGUCCUCUAGGAAACAUGACAACGACAUGCCUGGGAGCCGCCACCUGCAGGAGUCGUACACGAUCUGCGUGCGCGCUGAGGAGGGAUACUGCGGUGUCAAAUGGACAUCCCCAAGUGGUCCCACCGAGGACAAAUACACCUUCACUCUCACAGGCAACCUCGCUCCUGGGGUCAUAGAUCCAGUGUUUGGGUCAAGUUUGAACGAGGACUGUGCAUUCACCGAUUAUCUCCUCAUUACGGAUGCCAACAUAGUGGAUGAGGAGGAAACCGUUGCUGUGCUCUGUGGAUCUCUUUUCCCCUCCCCUGGCCUAUACAGCAAGUCCUUCAAGGUUCGGGUUGUGGCUAAUGACCAGGAGUUUGAUGAAGAAGAUAUAGACAACCGGGGCUUCCAUCUUGCGUACGAGCAGCAGUUGUGUUGAGUGCCGCCAAGAGACACCUCCUCAAUGUCCGCAGGUUUCCACAGUCCCAUCGGCUCCAGCACCCAACCAGCAGUCCCACCAAUCUCUAACAGCUCCAGAAACUCGUGUACAGUUCUCAUCACAGCCAGUCAACAGCCACAACAGUACAUUCCCCAACAGCUUCACGUGUGCCUUCAACUUAAGUCUUAUUUGUCGAUUCCUCUGUGUACUCUGUUCUGUUCCUUCACGUCUCAUCAUUAACUCACUAUAGGUCAUAUCCCGCUCCAAACACCUUCCUGUGCCUCCUUUAUCAGGUUGCCAGUCAAGUGACGUUGGCGACCAUGGAUCUCCACCUUCCCCUGUCAUCUGCCAGUCUGACCAGGUUUACAGCUCUCCAUCCAGCUCCCACUCUUCCCAGCAAUGUGUGCAUAAACUUAACUACCACCACCUGAUUAUUAGCACAUCAAUAUGAACCCAAAUCCUUAUCCUAUAACCAAAUUCCUUUAUAUCUUUUUUGACUUUAUUCUUAUCUUCCCUCAGGUUCUUAUAUCCACGUCCCUGUACUUGGAAACACAUCCUCCGUAUCUCACUCCAUCAUACUUUCCCUUCAUUCUGACCCAUCUUCAGUCCCCUCUGCAUGUUAACACCUCCCAAAUCUCUCCAACUCUCCACCAACGGGCAGGUUAGCGUGUCUUGCUUUCCACACCACGCAGCGAUGCCCCACAUCUUCCUGCCUCCUCGUCAUUCCUUUCUCUCCCCCCCCCUCUCUCUCUCUCUCUCUCAUGCCUCCUCCCCCGCCUCUCUUUCUCUCUGUCCACCCAUACCAUCUUUCCAACCAAUACCACCACCACCUCUCAUUUCACAGCCGCACUCCCUCAUCCCCACCGUCUCCACUCCACAGUCUGCAGUCGUCUUCCCCACCACUCCCUCCUCCCCGUCUUUCAGUUAACUUUUCGUUUCUCUCUGCGUUCCCAUCCUUCGUUCCUCCUCCCUUUCCUUCCCCUGUCUUACGUGAAGGAGACAGGCUGGAGUGCUUCGGCAACGAUCCUCUAUACUAACCAAAAGUAUAUUUAAGAAGUGGAACGUGAGUUAAUGAAUACGUGUGUCAAUAAUGAAAGAGGAUAUGAAGGUUUCAAA